CUUGCUAUCAUCAGCUUCCAGAAACUUCAUCUUAACCCUGUCAUGAAAAAAGGGAUGACGCUUACAAAACCCCGCACCUGGCUGUUGAGCCCUGUUGAGGCCUCCUGGCUUGCCACAAAAACUCUGCAAAACUGGACUAUUCCAGAGGGCUUUUUGCCUAGGAAAUAGAGCUAUACGUUGUCCAGACCCGGUUCAUUGAGGAGCCCGAGGACCAGACGGUGGUGGCCGGACAGCGGAUCGUGCUCUCCUGCGUGGUGCUGAAUUACUCCGGGAUCGUGCAGUGGACGAAGGAUGGGCUGGCCCUGGGCAUGGGCCAGGGCCUCAAAGCCUGGCCGCGGUACAGGAUCAUUGGGGCAGCUGAUUCGGGGCAGUAUAACUUGGAGAUCACCGACGCCGAGCUUUCGGAUGACGCUUUGUAUGAGUGCCAGGCCACGGAAGCGGCGCUGCGAUCCCGGCGGGCAAAGCUGACUGUCCUGAUUCCCCCUGAAGACCCCGUGAUUGAUGGCGCCCCCGAGAUUUUGUUGCGGGCCGGAACGCCCUACAACCUCACCUGCUGGGCACGGAAUGCCAAGCCGGCUGCUACGAUCGUCUGGCUCCGCGAUCAGGUGCCACAGCUGGAAGCUGCCACAUCCACGGAGGUUUUAUCAGAUGGGAAGAGGGAGACCACCAUGAGCCAGCUGCUCAUCAGCCCCACCGACCAGGACAUCGGCAGGGUGUACGUUUGCCGGUGCGCCAAUGAAGCCAUCCUGGCCGGCAAGGAGACGACCAUCAAGCUCAACGUUCACCACCCUCCGACAGUGACGCUGUCCAUUCAGCCCCAGACGGUGCAGGAAGGCGAGAGGGUGACCUUCACCUGCCUGGCCACAGCCAACCCCGAGAUCAAAGGCUACAGGUGGGCCAAAGGUGGCGUGAUCCUCGAGGAUGCCAAAGAGAGCAAGUAUGAGACUCAGGUGGAUUACACCUUUUUCACGGAGCCCGUCUCGUGCGAAGUUCACAACGACGUGGGGAGCACGAACGUCAGCACCCUGGUGGACGUACACUUUGCGCCCCGCAUUGUGGUGGAUCCGAAGCCCAUGACCACCGACAUUGGCUCAGACGUGACGCUGACCUGCGUGUGGGCUGGGAACCCACCCCUCACCCUCACCUGGACCAAGAAGGAAUCCAACAUGGUGCUGAGCAACAGCAACCAGCUGUACCUCAAGUCCGUCACGCAAGCAGAGGCGGGGCAGUACGUCUGCAAGGCCAUCGUGCCGCGGAUUGGGGUGGGCGAGCGCGAAGUCUCCCUCUUUGUCAACGGUCCCCCCAUCAUCUCCAGUGAGACCGUCCAAUACGCUGUGCGUGGAGACCGCGGGAAAGUGGAAUGUUUCAUCGGCAGCACCCCACUCCCUGACCGCAUAGCCUGGGGCUGGAAGGAGAAUGUCUUGGAAACGGGGACGCUGGAGCGCUACACGGUGGAACGCAGCAACACUGGCCAGGGGGUGCUCUCCACCUUGAGCAUCAACAACGUGAUGGAGGUGGAUUUCCAGACACGCUACAACUGCACAGCCUGGAACAGUUUCGGCCCGCGGACAGUCAUCAUCCAGCUAGAGGAGAAAGAGGUUGUGCCCGUUGGCAUCAUCGCUGGAGCUACCAUUGGAGCCGGGAUCCUGGUCAUCUUCUGCUUCGUCGCGCUGGCCUGCUUCCUCUACCGACGUCGCAAAGGGAGCCGUAAAGAUGUGACCUUACGUAAGCUGGACAUCAAGGUGGAGACGGUGAACCGGGAGCCCCUCACUCUGCACACGGACCGCGAGGAGGACACGGCCAGCGUCUCCACGGCCACUCGAGUCAUGAAAGCCAUCUACUCGUCAUUCAAGGAGGACGUGGACCUGAAGCAGGACCUGCGCUGCGACACCCUGGACGCCCGGGAGGAGUACGAGCUGAAGGAUCCGACCAACGGCUACUACAAUGUCCGUGCCCACGAGGACCGCCCGUCUUCCCGCACCGUGCUCUAUGCCGACUACCGCAACCCCGGCCCUGCCCGCUAUGACGCCCGCCCGUCCUCCCGCCUCUCCCACUCCAGCGGCUACGCCCAGCUCAGCACCUACAGCCGGGCUCCGGCCUCCGAGUACAGCAGCGACCCCGUCCCGGGCCCCGCCCAAGGCCCCCCUACAGCCGAGACAGCCAGCCAGUUGUCGUACGAGACUUACGGAGGGCAUACAGCCUUCCCCCCCAACGCUGGCUACGCCACGUACCGCUUGGGCUACACCCAGCCCCCUCCACCCGCCCUGGACAGAGCCACCUACGACACCUACGACCCCCUGGGCAAAUACACCACAGCCACGCGCUUUUCGUACACGUCCUCAGACUACGGGCAGCGUUUCCAGCAGCGAAUGCAGACUCACGUCUGACUCAAGAGCUGGGCGUGGAAGGGGGUGCAGGUACCUCAUGACUGUCCCCUGAUAUUCAGGGGCUUUUCCCAGCCCCCCUUGCCCAUCUGCAGGCCAGAGGGAUGGCAGGUGCUGUGCCCCACGGGAUGCCCUCAUGGCCAAGGACCGGGUGCUCGUGGCUUCUCCCAAGCCCCACCCCCCCGGGUGCUCCUCUUGACACCUGGGCAUGCACCGCUCCCUCCGCCAUUUGGUGGGCAUGGAAGAGAGCAGUUAAGGGGGCAGGAGCUGUUGGGGCAAAACUGUGAAGAGAGAAGGGGGGCAGCCCAAAGCCUGGGUGUCCCUCCACUCCCAGCCGCGGCUCUGCCUUCUCCGUCUCAUUCUCUUCCCACAAAACUCCUGUCCUGGGGUGAUCCAGAGGAAGCAGAAGGCUGAAGUAGGUCCAGCUAGCGGGGGGGGGGGGGUGUCCUGAGGGAGGGGCCUUGCAGUGGACUCUGCGCCACAGUGGAGGGACUUCUGAGCAGCCGCCGCCGCCGCCGUGUGCCCUGUGCACGGGGCCUUCUUUUCAGGCCCCAGAGCAGAGUCCCUUGGGAGGCACUGCCUGUGCAGCCGACGCUGCUCCCCACACACAGAAGUGCCUCCUGGUGGCCGGUGGAAAGCACGCUCCCAGGCCAUGCGCAGGGCUGGCGGAGUGGGGCAGAUCCUGGCCACAAACGGGGGCCCUGUUCCGGAUCUGCCCCAUUCCCCUACAGAGCCCAAUUGUCCCCUCCCCCCAUCUCCGUCAGGAUGCAGGGAGGCGGUCUGCCCCCCCCCCCCAGUCUGGAAGCAGGUCACGGGUGAGGCCCUUCCAGCCAAGGUACUGCCAAAUUCAGGUCCUGGACAAAUCAGGUACGGAGGGAUCUUGUCCAGGGCUGCAGGACACCCCCCCAACUCCCCCCCCCCAAUUCAGAGGACCAGGAUAGAGUGUGAAGAGGAAGAGAGUCUGUUCCAUGGCGUCGUUAGACAUCAUUUCAUCUGUUCCCAGGUGCUGCAGUUUGGAAGACGAGGGGCCGGGCGGCGCUUUGGACUUUGGCCAACUGCUGGGAGAGUGGGAGGGGGGGCGGCAGGGGAAGGUUCAGGGGAAAGGAGCGGUGGGGGGGGGGGGUUGCUCAGGUCCUGCCCUGGCCCCGCUGGCUUCCGAGAUGGUGUGGCCUCAUCCCUGAGGACGAGAAAGUGGGAUUCCCCCCCUCCCCGGAUCAAGUGUAAGCCAGGCAUCUCCGAACGCUGAAUGCUGUACAGGAUGGCCCCCGAAGCGGGCUCUUCCUUCUUGCCCCUGCUCCCGUGUCAUCGAUCUGACCUCUGGCGUGGGGGGUGCCACCCCUUCCCUGGAGGGGCCUUUCUGCCGUGGCGGCCCCCCUUCCCCACCCCAGGCCCAUGUGGUUUCUUCUCACUUGCCCCCAUGCUCAUUUGGGGAGCGAGUCCAUUCCGUGGCGGGGAGGGUGCGCUCCUUUCAGGCUGUGCCACCGUGAAUGUUUUUGUGCUGGAACUGCAGGCUCCCCCCACCCCACUCCCCAGCCACACUCCUGGGAGCCCAAAGGCAGCCCACUGCCCCUUUCACGUGCACCCCAUCCCUGAGGAGGCUGCCCCCCUCCCCAUCAGGCAUUCCAGGGGGCGCAACGGGGGGGGGGAGAGGGAGAGACUCCAACCUACCCCUCUGCUUCCUUGCCGUCCAAAGGCUCUUCCCCCCCCCCCCCCGCAACCCCUUGACCACCAAUCGGUUGCAUUUUGAAUGCAGAUGGUUGGGAUAAAGGUUUGUUUUCUUUUUGAGAGAUGUGUACAUAUGAUACUUCAUUCUUCCCCUCUGCGCCUCCCUGCCACCCACAAAGGACCAAUUGGCGGCUUCCCUCUUUGUCCACUUCUUGUGCCUUAAAGCUCUUUGCUUGACUGGACCAAUAAGAGGAUCCAGCAAAAUUGCUGCUGCCCCGGCAAGGGCACGAGGGCACCUCCCCGCCACCCGGCCCCCAGCAGGGCACCCUCUUGGCACAGGACUCCUCGUAGGCUCUGCACACGCGGCCUCCAAGGAACACCCAACGCUGGCUCCGUCCGCUCCCUUUGCCUGCCACGUUUCUGGCACGGGGGGCCAAACUGCCCCCUGGGGUGCCAGCUGGAGAAGGGGGGCUCGCUCUCUGUACCAUCCAGCGGUGUUUUCCAGCAAGCGCAAGGGUUGCAUUCUUGCCACUGCAUCGGCCACGAUGCCGCCUUCUUGGUUGCUGCAAACAUGUGGCAAGGAGGCACAAGGCAGCAUCGGGGCAAGGGGGGGGAUUGGGCCCAGGCCUCAGAUUGAAAUGUGUUAAUUUUUUGGCAUUUGAUCAGGUUUGCCCCUUCUUUCUAUGCCCAGCAUGAGCUGCUGCCAUCAUUUCAUGUUUAGUAUGGCUCCGGGCCUCAAAAGCUGGACGUGCCCCUGGGCCCUCUGAGGGGGCUUGGGUGGUGUGACGGGGGAAGGGAAAGGAACUCUCCAAGGCAGCGGAGGCUCCCAGGGAUUCUCUCAUGCGGCUGGCAACCGUCUGGUGCAACAUCUCGGGGGCCAGAGGGCACUGUGCCAGCUCCUUCACCUCAACCGUUGCCCUGGCUAAUUGAGCAUGUGCCUCUUUGGGGAAGCUCAGCGCCUAAGGAAGAGGGCAGGAUUGUUUGCAGAUCAGGAGAAGUUGGGAGACAAGGGGCAUUCCCCCCCCACACACAUUUUUCUUCUUCAAAUUGUUUUUGCAAGCUCCCCACUGCAAAGUGUCCUCUGCUCCCCAUUUCUCUGAGUGGCAGGGAGUUCCAAGGACUGCUUUGGUUGCUCAUGAGAGGAGAGAGUGAGGCCCUUCUGAAGACUGUUGUUUCUAACUACCCAAGAAGGGCUGGUCUGCACUCAGCUUAGCCCUGGGCUGUGGCUGUCGCUGGGGUGAUGCCCGCCACUUACCCUUUGCAAUGAAGGGUGGUGGGUCUACUCUGACCUGGGGAAAAGGAGGGUUCUCCUGGGCCAGCCAAGGGGGUUUGAGCUGCCAGCUGCCCAGAGGCAUCUGCUUAUCCCCUGGUCAUGGAGCUGCCCGGUGGGGAGGAGAAUCCUGGCUGGGGGGGGACAGUCCCCCUUACCAAGGACUUGCAUGUAUGUCUUUUGCUGCCCAAGAGCAUCUACUGGUGGUUGAGCAAUAAAUACGUUGAGGCCUUUGCCCUGCCUCUGGGGCUGCCCUCUGCAGCAGGCUGCCCCCCCCCUCGAGGAAGGCAAAGGCAGCCUCCUUCUGCCCAGCUCUGGGCUGGCGUAUUUGGGUGUUUUUAAAAACAAACGACAGUAAUAACCUUGAGACAUAAAUCUGUGAAUUUUCCCUCGCUCCGUACCUUCCUUUUUUAUUUUUUCUCAUUCUUUUAAAAAUAUUAUGUACUAUAUUUUUAGUCUUAAACACAAUAUAUUAUAUAUAUUUAAUUUUUAUAUAUA